AUGAGGGAAAGAACUCUACCCCUCUUCCGCGGCCGGCGCCUGCCCCGUUUGUUGGUCGUCGUUGCCAUCACGUCCGCGUUGUGUUGUACCGCCCAUCAGACAAAAGAAGCGGGAGAAGAUAAGCAGGAAGAUUAUUACUCUAUCCUGGGAAUUUCGCGGCAUGCAAGCCCCGCCGAUGUAAAAAAGGCUUACCGCAAACGGUCACUGGAGAACCACCCCGACAAGGCCAGUCCAGACGAGGCUUUAGCCGCAGCAAGAAGGUUUCACCUGAUUUCCGAGGCGUACGACGUUCUAUCCAAGAUCCACACCCGCCGUCUGUAUGAUCUCUACGGGCACAACUUCCAGCAUAUGGAAGGAUAUUUUGAGGAGUUGCCAAGACGCGGCGGACGUGAGCUUUACCGUUACAAAAGAGGCGUCUUUCUCCUGUACGAACGAAAUCUCGACGGGCUGCUGGCAAAAUCCCAGUAUACGUGGAUUCUUACUUUCGUGCAACCCGGCUGCGGAAACUGUGAAAGAAAUGUGCCGAUAUACUCGCAACUCGGAGAAAAGACGAUGGAAACCGAGAACAUCCGACUGGCAGUUGUGAAUUGCCUUAUGUCGAAUUUGUGUCACUACUUCGGCAUUCACCAUCUGGGACAGGUCUUCCUCUUGCCGCCUGAGCAGGAGGGCGGUGGCUACUGGGACAAACGCGAGUACACCGGCCCUCUCCGUGCAGAUGCACUCCUAGCGGCUGCAAAACAGAUUCCGGCGCCGAACAUGAAGGAGGUGGAGAGCGACCGAGCGGCGGAGAAGCAACUAGCUGGAAUCGCCGGUGUCAAGCGCCCUGCGAGCUUAGAGCGAGUUCCAGCGGCAGACGUGGCGUGGAUAGUCAACUACUACAAACCGUCCUGCAUGUCCUGUCGACAAGCAAAGUCGGAGUUGCGACAGGUGUCGCACCAGCUUCGGGACAGGCUGACAAUCACUUUCGUCAACUGCGGUGAGUUGGGUUUUCUUCUGCUUUGUUUCGGAGUCAACAUCGGGUAG